AUGCAACAUUCUUCAAAAACAAGGACUUGGGCAAAUGAUGAUGUACUUCCUAUUGCUACAGCUCCGACGAAGUCCACAAUUGUCGAAACACAGGACGCCAGUCAAGAUAAACCAACUCGACCGGUCAAAAAAUCUAAAGUGGUCGAGACUCAGGUUCCAAAGACAUCAGCGCAAAAUGAUACAAAAGGCGAUGAAAGUCAGCCUGAAGAAGGUAAUCAUGCCGACAAAGAUGCCUCUGAGGAAGUAGACCAGCCAAAGUCUGACAUGGAUUGGCUUCGUUCGAAGACAAGUCGGCUGUUGGGUCUUUUAGAUGAUGAAGAAGCAGAAUUAAACUCGCAGCCUGCUGCACCUACUAAUAAGACCGUUGAGCCGAUCGAAGAAGAAGACAACGACGACAUUGAAGAGAUGCCAGCUGCAGAGGUGCCAGUUGCAGAAGAGCCUGUCGAGGAAAAAGAUUAUAACGCCGAUAUCGAGCUUAUUCGUAUUUCCGGCCGACUGUUUCUUCGGAAUCUCGCCUAUGACGCUACUGAGGCUGAUUUGGAAACCGUCUUCGCCCCAUUUGGGAAAAUAGAUGAGAUACAUGUUGCUUUUGACUCACGCACGACUUCCAGCAAAGGUUUCGCGUACAUACAAUACGUGGACCCUGCAUCUGCUAUUGAGGCGUACAAGAACCUCGACGGCAAGGAUUUCCAAGGUCGCUUGCUUCACAUUCUACCAGCUUCGGCCAAAAAGUCAUAUAAAAUUGACGAUUACGAGCUGUCAAAAUUACCUCUGAAACAACAGAAACAGGUCAAACGAAGAAUGGAAGCUUCUUCCUCAACUUUUAACUGGAAUUCUCUGUAUAUGAAUUCCGAUGCAGUCAUGUCAUCCGUGGCGGACCGACUUGGUGUCUCAAAGUCGGAUCUGCUGGAUCCUACGUCUUCGGAUGCUGCUGUUAAGCAGGCACAUGCAGAAACGCAUGUGAUUCAAGAGACAAAGGCCUACUUUACUGCAAACGGCGUAAACAUAGACUCGUUUAAACAACGCGAACGCGGCACCACUGCGAUUCUAGUCAAGAACUUCUCUUACGGAGUCAAGGCGGCCGAGUUGAGAAAGUUAUUCGAGCCUUUUGGACAAUUGACUCGCUUGCUCAUGCCUCCUAGUGGGACUAUUGCCAUAGUGGAGUUUGCAAAACCUGAUGAAGCUUCAAAAGCCUUCAAGGGACUGGCGUACCGAAAGUUGGGAGACUCUAUAUUGUUCCUUGAACGUGCACCGAAGAACUUGUUUGACUCGCCACCCACAGGAUCAGCUCUGAUUGCCGGAGUUGAGGGACCUGAGGGGAGAACUCAAGGAUUCUCUGCUGCAGAAACAUUUACCGCGGAGGACAACGAGCCUCAGUUGCCUACCUCAACACUGUUCGUCCGAAAUCUGAACUUCACAACAACUAGCGCACGUCUUUCGGAAGUCUUUGCAUCGUUGGAUGGCUUCUUGACAGCCAAGGUCAAGACAAAAACCGAUCCGAAACGACCGGGAGAGACUCUCAGCAUGGGAUUUGGCUUUGUCGAGUUCCGUACCAAGGAGCAAGCUCAGGCAGCAUUGGCUGUUAUGGAUGGUUAUACUCUGGAUCAACAUAAGCUUGUAGUCAAGACAUCUCACAAGGGCGUGGACGCAGCAGAAACAAGACGGCAAGAAGACACUGCCAAGAAAGUGGCUGCGAGAAGGACCAAGAUUAUCAUCAAGAACUUGCCAUUCCAAGCCACCAAGCAUGACGUGCGAUCCUUGUUUGGCGCGUACGGACAGCUUCGGUCCGUGCGAGUUCCGAAGAAAUUCGAUCGUUCAGCUCGUGGUUUCGCUUUUGCCGAUUUUGUAAGCUCUCGCGAGGCAGAAAACGCCAUGGAUGCAUUGAAAAAUACCCAUCUUUUAGGCCGAAAGUUGGUGCUUGAAUACGCAUCAGCAGAGGCCAUUGAUGCCGAGGAGGAGAUUCGUAAUAUUGAGAAGAAGACCGGCCAACAGCUGGAUAGACAAAAACUGGCGAGCCUUACCGGAGCAGGAAGAAAGAAGUUUGUUGUAGGGGCAGCAGAAGACGAGGGUUGA